UCCGCGGCGGGCGGCGUUAAUUCGCGCGAUGCAAAAAUUUCACGCCGCCGUCCGCGUUACGUAAAAAUAGUAGGAGUCGCGCGUGUAUCGACGGCGGCGGUUCGGGCACGCGACAUUCGCCGACUCCGCGGCACAGUCGGCAUCUCAUCGGCCUGUAGAGACAUUACGACAACAACAACAACAACAUCACCACCAACACUACAUAGACAAUCCUAUAAAAUAAAAAUCAACAACAAUCGUCGCCGCAGUGUGUUUCUUAAAGUGAUCAAAAAAAUAUAUUAAAAUAUAUUUUAUGCCGUUUUGAUACAAGGACAGAAUUUAUUUUUAUUUUUUUUAACGACUUUAUCGUGCACGUGUCGAUCGCGUCGGGCGCCGGAAAAGUUCGGAAGAAACGAGAGGAGAAUCGCAGUCACCCUCUGUACGCACAAUAAACGGACAGAAUUCUUUUGAUUUUUUCGUUUCCAUAUUUUUGUACAUACCGCAAACAAUAUAUAUCGCAAUAAUAUUUUCCGAGUGUUUCCGAAGAUACGGUUCGUUUUUCCGCCCGCCUCGUCGCGAUACCCGUUUUCCAUCAGUGCGUCUAUACGUGAUAACCGCAACAGCCGCCGCCGCCGAUGAGACCUGGUGGUGCCAAGGUAUCCUCCAUAGGUGGGCACCCCGCGAUACUUGAAGGGUCAUGAAAAAUUCCUUCAAGACGUUAUGGAACACCUGGCAAUGGGGAUGUGGCCGAACUAUCAUGUCCGCCGUGGCAGCCCAUAUCAAUUCGAUUUCCGUGGGCAUGUGUCAGGGGUUCUCGGCAGUACUCCUUCCGCAACUCCUCGACUCCAACAGUUCCAUUUUAGUAAACAACGUGGAAGCGUCGUGGAUAGCCAGUUUAGGGGUUAUAUCGAACCCUCUAGGAGCGUUGAUGUCCGGUGUUUUCAUGCAGACCUUAGGGAGAAAAACAACAGUUCAACUGACAUCUAUACCGUUCUUAAUUGGUUGGACAAUAAUUGGAUUGUCUACAGACAUAACGUUUUUAUGUUUGGGUCGAUUCAUAUCAGGAGUCGCUAUCGGCAUGUCGUCGGCUUGUUACGUUUACGUGGCCGAAGUGAGCUUGGCUAAACACCGAGGGGUGCUGUCGUCGUUCGGGCCGAUUUUCGUGUCGAUCGGAGUGCUGAUCGUCUACUCGCUGGGCUCGAUCAUGCCGUGGCAGGUGGUCAGCAUCUUGUGCGCCCUCACGUCGUUCCUGAGCUUCCUGUCGGUGAACCUGACUCCCGAGUCGCCGUCGUGGCUGGCGUCCAAGGGCCGCGUGGCGGACGCCGGCAAGUCGCUGAUGUGGCUGCGCCGGAAACCGUCGCUGGCCGACAAGGAGCUGGCCGAGAUCCUGAACAACCUGGCCGACGGCAACAACGGGUCGUCGUCCGCGCCCACGCUCCGGGACUUCGCCGCGCCCGCCGUCUGGAAACCGUUCCUGAUCCUGGUGUGCUUCUUCGUGCUGCAGGAGGCCAGCGGCAUAUACAUAAUACUGUACUACGCCGUAAACUUUUUCCAAGUGGCCGGCUCGACGGUGGACAGCAACGUGGCGUCGAUCGCGGUCGCCGUGCUCCGGCUGGUCAUGAGCGUCACCGGGUCCGUGUGCAUACAGCACGUGAACCGCCGGACGAUGGCCAUGGCGUCGGCCGUCCUGAUGGCCGUGUCGAUGGCCGCGUGCGGCGCUUACGAGUCGGCGUACGGGCCGCUGCUGGUGGACGCCAGGCCGUACGGCUGGGUGCCGCUGGCGUGCAUCCUGUUCAACGUGAGCGUCAGCAUGCUGGGCAUGGUGCCGCUGCCGUGGAUGAUGAUCGGCGAGCUGUUCCCGCUCAAGGUCCGCGGCAUAAUGGGCGGCCUGGUGCCGUCGCUGGGCUACUUCUUCAUAUUCGUCACGGUGAAAAUGUCGCCGGGCCUGAUGACCGCGCUGGCCACCGACCAGAUCAUGUGGCUGUUCGCGGCCGCAGCCGCGGCCGCCGCGUGCUUCGUGGCCGCGUUCCUGCCGGAGACCCGGGGCAAGACGCUGCUCCAGAUCGAGAAGCUGUUCAGCAGCGGCGAGAGCGACGCGACCCACAAGGGGGCCGCGGUGUACCCGGAAAAGAAGUUCAAGCCCGGCGAUCCGGCCACCGCGGUGUACACCAUCAGUUCGUUGGUGGACGCGUGUCACAAACUGCCGCCGGUGCGACCACCGCCGGGCAUAUAGGCGUGCCACUUUCGCGUGUCGUGAAAACCUACAGCGCCUAUAUGAUGAUGAUGAUGAUGAUGAUGAUAUAUAUGAACUCUGAUCAAAACGAAUUCGCCCGUACGGCCUACACCGCGCGGCGGUCGAUCGCGUCGGCUCCGA